GUUAUCAAUGAAAAGAAGUUGGAGGCGUUUAGACGCAGAGGAAGAAGGACAACAAGUCAACAACAAGCCGCUGCCGCCGUCGCCGUCUACCCCCAGUUUCCUCUCACCGGCAGCGACGACGGUGGUCAUUCCGGCGACGACUUUCAACAUGUUAUACGAAGUGGGCCUGGGCUCCGGUGGGCCCGUAACCAUGAUCUACGGCUGGUGGGCGGUGUUUGCUAGCUCUCUUUAUCUAGCUUUGUGGAAACCAAGAGGAGCACGUUGUUGACUGGAUCAGCCAACUUGAUUCGACACCUGUAAUAAUAAACAAAUUCACCGGACUGGUGUGAAAUAAAUCAAAUUAAAGGCAUCCGAUUCUUUCUUUUGAUAGCUGUUCUCCGAAUCUUUUUCCAUUCAUUCACACUUCACAGCACACUCUUCAACUGCUCCCUCCUCCUCCUCCUCCAAACAAGCAAACAUGGUCUCCGCCGGAGCCGACACCUCGCUUUUGCCAUUUCACAACGACCCUGCAGCUGCAAAUGGCGUCGGCGAUGAUGGCGCUCAAGAUUCCGGCACCGCCCGUCUCAGGCAGCUCGGCUACAAACAAGAGCUCAAGCGAGACCUCUCGAUGUUCUCGAAUUUCGCCUUCUCCUUCUCGAUCAUCUCGGUGCUCACCGGAGUAACCACUCUUUACAACACUGGGUUGACCUUCGGAGGGCCGGUCUCGUUGUUAUAUGGCUGGUUGAUAGCCGGUUUGUUCACCAUGUUUGUCGGGUCUGCAAUGGGCGAAAUUUGCUCUGCCUACCCGACUUCCGGUGGUCUCUACUACUGGAGCGCGAAGCUUGCCGGGCCUUCUUGGGCGCCUUUUGCCUCCUGGAUCACUGGCUGGUUCAACAUUGUUGGCCAGUGGGCUGUAACGACGAGCGUGGACUUUUCCCUUGCACAAAUGAUUCAGGUGAUCAUUCUGCUGAGCACAGGUGGUCAAAAUGGUGGUGGAUAUCAAGCAUCCAAGUAUGUAGUCAUUGCAUUGCAUGGUGGCAUCCUGUUCCUCCAUGCUGUCAUAAACAGUCUACCGAUUUCCAUGCUGUCCUUCUUCGGCCAGCUGGCUGCUAUUUGGAACCUUCUCGGUGUUGUACUUCUGACGAUACUCAUCCCAACUGUUGCAACAGAAAGAGCGAGUGCUAAGUUUGUAUUCACCCACUUCAAUACUGAUAACGGGGAUGGAAUCAACAACAAGCUUUACAUCUUUGUUCUGGGGCUUCUGAUGAGCCAGUACACCCUUACAGGAUAUGAUGCGUCUGCUCACAUGACAGAGGAAACGAAGAAUGCUGACAAGAAUGGUCCAAAGGGAAUAAUAAGUUCCAUAGGGAUAUCAGUCAUAUUUGGAUGGUUGUACAUACUUGGAAUCACAUUUGCUGUCACCGAUAUCCCUUCUCUUCUGAGUAAAGACAACGAUGCUGGUGGCUAUGCUAUUGCCGAAAUAUUCUACCAAGCUUUCAGAAGAAGAUAUGGAAGUGGAGUUGGGGGAAUCAUAUGCUUAGGGGUUGUUGCAGUUGCCAUCUUCUUCUGUGGUAUGAGUUCCGUCACUAGCAACUCUAGGAUGGUUUAUGCAUUCUCUAGAGAUGGAGCCAUGCCAUUCUCUUCGCUCUGGCACAAAGUCAACAAUCAAGAAGUUCCCAUCAAUGCCGUUUGGUUAUCUGUCGUCAUAUCCUUCUGCAUGGCAUUAACGUAUCUCGGAAGUGAAGUGGCAUUUCAAGCAAUGGUGUCUAUAGCAACCAUCGGGCUCUACAUUGCAUACGCCUUGCCAAUCUUCUUCAGGGUGACAUUGGCUCGCAAGAGGUUUGUUCGGGGCCCAUUCCACUUGGGACGGUAUGGCCUCGUUGUUGGUUGGAUCGCUGUGAUCUGGGUCGUGACUAUCUCGGUUCUGUUCUCUCUGCCGGUAGCCUACCCGAUCACCAUCGAGACACUCAACUACACACCAGUAGCGGUGGGGGGAUUGUUUCUGUUGGUUGUUUGUGGAUGGGUUUUCAGUGCCAGGAAGUGGUUUAGAGGUCCUGUGACCAAUGUGACUGUAUAGAUCAAUUGGGAUUCUGCUAUUUUUGGAGUGGCAUAGGGAACAUUGAUUCAAAGUAAAGUUGCAGCAUAGUUACUUCUCAAUCUCAUUGUUCAUAACUUCAAUCUUGGCAAGAAAUCUCGGUCCAGCAAUUAUCUAUUUCUCGGGUUAUGCUAAGUGGUCAUAACCUAAUAGUGUCAACUAAUCAAUUCGACUAUGAUACUCACAUUUGCAAGCCAUAAAAACGGCAAAAGUCCUCUAGACCCAGAGUCAACCCAAGUGGCUUAGAAGAUUCAAAUGAGGGUUACUAUUUGCUGCCCGUCUCUUGCGGGCGGCAAAUAGCGAUUCAUAUUCAAAUGUACCUCACGAAGGAAUGAACAUGCUUGGAAAAU